AUGUCUCUAAUCAACAACAACUCUGAAAAUACUCCUAUUAAAAUUACCAAUUAUGUCAGACUUGGCAAUACUGGAUUGAAAGUCUCUCCACUCUGUUUAGGUUGCAUGAGUUUUGGCAGCUCGAAAUGGGAACCUUGGGUUUUGGAAGAGGAAGAAUCAUUGAAAAUCCUCAAACGUGCCUUUGAUUUGGGAAUUAACUUUUUCGACACUGCUGAUGUUUAUUCGAAUGGAGAAAGUGAAAGAAUUUUGGGUAAAUUCUUGAAGGAGAAUCAAAUUCCGAGAGAGAAUGUUGUCUUGGCCACUAAGGUAUUCUCUCCAGUGGAUCAUUCAGGUCAACAAGAGAAUAAGAUUAAGAGUUUGGGAAAGGGAAUUCCAAAUACUUUUGGAUUGUCAAGAAAACACAUCAUGCAUGCUGUUGAUUAUUCAUUGAAGAAUUUGCAAACUGAUUAUAUUGACUUGUACAUUAUUCAUCGUUGGGAUAAUAAUACUCCAAUUGAGGAAACUAUGGAAGCUCUCCACGAUUUGGUUAAAUCAGGAAAGGUCAGAUACAUUGGCGCCUCUUCAAUGUGGGCAUGGCAAUUUGCCAAGGCACAACACGUGGCCGAAAUGAAAGGUUGGACAAAGUUUGUUUCCAUGCAAAAUCUCUACAAUUUAGUGUAUCGUGAGGAGGAACGUGAAAUGAUUCCUCUCUGUAUCGAUCAAAAAGUUACUCUAACUCCUUGGUCUCCGUUAGCCAGAGGAUUACUUGCAAGAGCUAGUGAACUAAUCCGAGCCGAAACCAAUCAAGAAAAUCAAGACUCAGCAACUACAAGAGCCAAUUCAGAUUUCUAUGCCAAGGCCAUGAAGAAUUCAUUGAAGGAAAGUGAUUUGGAAAUAUUGAGAAGAGUGGACGAAUUGAGCUCCAAAAAACAAUGCACCAAUGCUCAACUUUCUCUCGCAUGGAUGCUCCACAAACCAUUCGUCUCCUCUCCAGUCAUUGGCGUUACCAAAUUGGAAAAUAUCGAAGCUAACAUUGCAGCUUGUUAUAUUCAAUUAUCAGAAGAGGAAUUGAAAUAUUUGGAGGAACCUUACCAAGCCAAAGCAGUCAUGGGAAAUCUACAAUAA